AGCCCGUCUGCCUAGGGAGACUAGUAGCUGUUUGUUUCUGGCAAGGAAGAACAGUCUGUAAACAGCGCCCCUUUACCGGAAACUUCUGUUCUCAAAUGUUCAGUUUAGCGUGCAGCACUGGUGAAUUUAGCUGGAAUGUCUCAUACAAAUCUUUAUCAUAAUAGUUGACGAGUAAACAUACAUCGAAGGCAUAUGCAAGCAAAUUGACAUGGAAAUGAACGUGCAGUACAAAGGACAGUAGCCUAGUCGGCCUCUAGACAAGAGGAGGAAAUCGGUCGCAGCCUGUCAGAACACGUUUUGGAGGAGGGCACCAUGGACAACAAAAAGAGACGGACCAUUGCAAAGCCGGAUCUUUGCAAAAAGAGACGGACCAAGAGACCUGAGUGGAAAAAGAAUGUCCUUGGCACCAAGCCAUGUAUUAGAAAGAUGAUGGGCCAGCGUUGUCCACCAUCAACAUCCUGUCUCCGGUGUAGGGAGAGCCCUAAGACUUCUCCCCUCACUGCCACGCCUGGACAGAUACCACAAGAAAGCAACGGGGAAACAAGUCUAGGAGAUCAACCAACCACUGAGCAGACACAAGCGUCACCCCCCCUUCCACAUCUUCCUCAUCCCCACCUUUCCACUCUGUCGUCCUCUGUUUCACCACACGUUCCCUCUGUUUCACUGGGCCCUCCUCUCCCGUCAUCCAUUUCACCAGUCUCCUCCCCCCCAUCCUCUGUUUCACUGGGCCCUCCUCUCCCGUCAUCCAUUUCAUCAGUCUCCUCCUCCCCAUCCCUCAUGUUAACACAACAUGCUCUUGGACAUUCCUACGCAGCCCAGACUGGAGGCAGUAACGUUGCGCCACACUUCAACAACAACUAUAUUGGAGGCUCUGUUUAUAUUAACGUGCCAUCUCAGCAGAGAGUGGACGUGUCAGUGGCUCCACAAGGCAGUGAUCAAGAGGAUGCUCUCCUACAGAGAGUCAAAGAGAAGCAUAAAGCCAGAAUGAAAAGCCGCUGUGAACACCUGUUUGAAGGCAACGCCAGAAAUGAAACUCUUCUCAACAAUAUUUACACAAAACUCUACAUCACAGCAGGAGAGACUGAAGGGGUCUGUAACAAACAUGAGGUGUUGCAGAUUGAGACAGCAUCCAGAACAUGCACAUCAGAAGACACUCCUAUCAACUGCAACGACAUCUUUAAACCUUUACCUGGACAGGACAAACUAAUCACAACUGUGAUGACCAAGGGCAUUGCUGGGAUCGGAAAAACAGUCACUGUCCAAAAGUUCAUCCUUGACUGGGCAGAAGGAAAAGCCAAUCUGCAUCUGGAUUUUAUAUUUCUGCUUCCUUUCCGGGAUUUGAAUUUGGUCGAAAAACAGUCCAGUCUUCAUAGCCUUCUGUGUGGCUUCCACCAUGAACUUAGAGAAAUAGAGGAUGCAAAGAAAAUUGCAGGUUGUCAAGUUCUGCUUAUCUUUGAUGGUCUGGAUGAAAGCCGACUUCCACUGGAUUUCAAUCGAAACAAGAUAUUGUUUGACAUGGCAGAAGAAGCGCCCAUUGAUGUGCUAUUGACAAAUCUUAUUAAGGGGAAUCUGCUACACAGUGCUCGCCUCUGGAUAACCUCCCGACCAGCAGCAGCCAAUCAGAUCCCCAGGAAGAACAUAACACAGAUGACAGAAGUGCGUGGGUUCAAUGACUCACAGAAGGAAGAGUACUUCAGGAAGAGAUUCUAUUCGGAUGCGAACCUGGCCAACAGAAUCAUCUCCCACAUAAAAACAAAAAGGAGCCUCAACAUCAUGUGCCAGAUUCCAGUCUUCUGCUGGAUCACUGCUAUGGUUCUAGGGGAGAUGUUGACAGAUAACUGCAAAGAAAUCCCUAAAACCCUUUCUGAGAUGUUCACACACUUCGUGCUCAUUCAGACAAACCUGAAGAACCAGAAGUAUCAUAACAGCAAUGAGACAGAUGCGCGGAGGAUCAAAGAAUCGGAUAAAGAGAUCAUUCUAAAGCUGGCCAAGCUAUCUUUUGAACACCUGAAGAAAAGCAAUCUCAUAUUUUAUGAGAAGGAUCUGAGAGAGUGUGGCAUUGACAUCAAUGCAGCGUCAGUGCAAUCUGGAUUGUGCACAGAAAUCUUUAAACAAGAAGAUGGGCUCUACUGCGAGAAAGUCUACUGCUUUGUGCAUUUCACCAUCCAGGAAUACUUUGCCGCUCUGUAUUUGCUCUGCUGCUACUCAACCGAUAACCUGCGUGUGUUGGAGUCUUUCCUCUGUAAGAGGUUUGUUGAGGAAGACCUGGAAGAAAGUUCUGUGACUCUGUUGGGCGAUAACGGAGACCGUUCAGAUGCUUCACAGAGCAAUGAGUCUGGAGAAAGUCUGGAGUCCACUACUGAAGAAAACUCAACUCUGGAGGAAGAGCCUGAGGAACACUCAGAGUCAUUCAAUGACGAUGAGGCUGAAGAAGUGUCUGACUGUGAGUCUUCAAAGCUGGUUCUACAUAGGAAACCAUCCUUCCAUGUGUUACUGAAGAGCGCAGUGCUCAAUGCCUUGGAGAGUGUGAAUGGACAUCUGGACCUUAUGCUCCGCUUCCUUCUUGGCCUCUCACUGGACUCCAAUCAGAGACUCCUACAAGAUCUACUGCCAGAGAUGCAGAACUAUGCAGAUAGUGUUGAAGAAACAAAUGAUUACAUAAAGGAACAGCUGAGGUUGCACAACUCCCCUGAGAGAUCCAUUAACCUUGUAUACUGCUUGGCUGAAAUAAAUGACAAUACACUUCUUGAAAAGGUUGAAGUGUACCUGAGGUCAGGAAAUCGUGGAGGAACAAAGCUCUCACCUGUAAAAUGCACAGCUCUGGCAUAUGCGCUGAUGUCAGGGCAGAUUCUGGAUGAGUUUGACCUAAAGAAGUACAACACUUGUGAGGAGGGACAAAAGAGGCUGAUUCCAGUUAUCAAGAACUGCAGAAACGCUUUACUUGCUGGCUGUAACAUCACAGAGAGGUCUUGGGGAGUAGUGGCCUCGGCUCUAAAGUCAAACUUACUGCGAAAGCUGGACCUGAGUUACAAUGACUUGCAGCACUCCAGUAUGGAUCUGCUCUGUGAUGGGUUGCGUAGUCAACACUGUAAACUGGUGAUCUUGAGGCUGUCAUCCUGUGGCAUCACCGAGAAAGGCUGUGCUUCUCUGGCUUCAGCUCUAUGUUCAAACCCAUCACACCUGAGAACGCUGGUACUCAGUGACAAUAACCUGCACAAUUCAGGAGUGAAGCGGCUCUCUGCUCUUCUGGGGAAUAAACUUUGUGAACUGGAGACACUGAUGCUUUCUGGCUGUCUUGUCUCAAUGGAAGGAUGUGCUUCUCUGGCUUCAGCUCUGAGAUUAAACCCCUCACACCUGCGACAGCUGGAUCUGAGCUACAAUCACCCAGGAGACAGAGGAGUGAGACUGCUCUCUGAUGUACUGGACAAUCCACGCUUCAUACUAAAUGUGGAACAUAAUGAAGAGUGCUACUUAAAACCAGGCCUGAAGAAGUAUGCCUGUGUGCUCACACUGGACCCUAACACAGCUCACAAAAAGCUCUCUCUGUCUAACAACGGAAGAACUGUGACAUGGGAGGAUGACGAUCAUCUGUGUUUGUCUCACACAGAGAGAUUUAAUGACUGUCCUCAGGUGCUGUGUAGAGAGGGUCUGACUGGGUGCUGUUACUGGGAGGCAGAGUGUAGUGAGAAAGGGUUUCAUAUAGGUGUGGCAUAUAAAGACAUGAGCAGGGUUGGGAAAGGGCAUAACUGUUUGCUUGGUUGCAAUGACAAAUCCUGGAGCCUGAGACUCCUCAAACUUAGAGUCCUCAAACUCUCUGUCUGGCACAAUAAUGAGAGCACAGCCAUACCUGCCCCCUCUUCCAGCACUGACAGAGUUGGGGUGUAUCUGAAUUCCUCACAGGGCACUCUGUCCUUCUACCUAGUCUACUCUGAGACUCUGACCCACCUGCACACAUUCCACUCCACCUUCACUGAACCACUCUAUCCAGCAUUUUUUGUCAAUGACUAUUCAUCAGUGUCCCUGUGCUUGGUCUGAAAUUGGCCCAGAGAUGAGGAGAAAAGGAGGAUGCUGUUGAAUGUUUACUAAUAAACUGCUGUCCUCCUGAGUCCAUGACAGAGAUGGAGUCAAGACCAUAUCCAGUUCAACAGGGAUCAGUUGACCAAGGAAAAUAAAUUGAAAUACUCAAUUCAUAUUUUCCAUAAUGGUUUGAUAUUUUGUCCCCCGGUACACUUCAAAAUUACAAACAUUUCAGUGUUUAGAAAGAACCUCGAUUCGCGAUGUGUUCGUAUCUCUGAGGUCCUACUGUAUAUGAACUGCAUAUUUCUUAUUCAGUAUAGGGGUUGAAAGUUUGACCUAUGUUGUUGCGUUCAGAUACAAGGGGAGCUUCUCCUUUGCUUUUUUCUUUAUAUUGUUCUCAGGGUUCGAGGUGUUUUUAUUUUUGAAUAAUAAUAAUGGAAAUACAUUUUAUCAAACUAUUAAACGUACAGUAUAUA